UCAUGGGGUAUAAAAAAAAAAACUAAAAAAGAAUAAACCCUUUACAAGGAAAGUCAAGGCAAUGGCGGUCAAGUCUCUAACAAGUGGCCUCUUAAAUAUCAUGCUCCGAGUCCAACGGACCAUGUAAGCCCUUCCUGUCCCACAUCCUGUGGUUGCAAUUAUGACGCUGCUGCUACUAACAGAGCGCCUGUGUCGAGCAGAGGACAAGGCUGAUCUCCUGCCCAUCCACUACUGUUAUGACUGGAUCGGUGGACUAGCCCCAUACGUGCAAAGAGCAUCACUCAAGCUGAAUAGCCUCAUCCAGAAUUCUCAAACAGAUGGCAAUCCUUCUCGUGGAGGGUCCUCGCUGUGCCGAAAAUCGGACACGCCGCGCCUGAAUCAUGAACACUCCAUUGUGCUUGACCCUGUGGCAGCCAAGCUGCCAUGGACAACAUCAAUAGACCCCGUUCGACAGUCCAAGUACUGGAAGGCUGCGGAGGAAGGAUACGUCAGAAUCCUAACCCAGUUUGCCAACGACGAGACGGCGAAGAGGACACCCCGGCCGGAUACCUUCACCGUCGCAGACAUGGCUCGCAAGGAGCUCUCCAGGCUGGAGAGUGGCUGUGUCCGCUUCGCCACUUAUAUGUGUCCUUUUGCGGAUGAGCACAAGGUGCGGUUGCUUGCUGAGAUGCAGUCUCUGUCGUUGAUUUUCGAUGAAUCAUGGGAGAUCCACGAGCACGAUCACAACGAAGCGUUUUUGAGAUCCCUGAUGCCCCCAGAGAACCACAAAGAUCUCACGCCCAAAACACCCUUGCAGCAGGCCAUCUGGGACGCCAUCGAGCAAGUGCUCGAGCGGGACCGUAAAGACAAUGCGACGGGAGGUCAAGAACUGAUCGACUUCCUGACGAGCUAUAUCAGCCACCCCACGCCAACCAAGGAGUUCCAGACCUUCGGCGACUUCAUGGAACAUCGCCGAAACGACGCGGGAAUGAUAAUAUGCUGGACGUCCGCCAAGUUCUCCAUUGGAUCGCGGGUAGAAUUCUACGGGCCCAAGCUAGGCAACUUAACCCGGUUACUGGGGUACCAGAUGCUCGCCAUGAACGAUAUCGCUUCGUAUGACAAGGAGAAGAUGUACUGGCAGCGGGGCCAGGCAAAGCAGUUCGAGACGACCAAUGGCGUGGUGAUUCUCCGCAACCUACUCGCUCUGCCUAGUGAUGAGGCCGCGAAGGCGAUGGCGUACGCUAAUCAAAUGGAAAGUGAGCGGAGUAUUGACUUGGAACUGCAACAACUGAUGCGAUCCGGUAGUCUGACCGAUGAGGACUGGAUGCUCAUCGAGAGCAUGAUAUAUAGCGUCACGGGGAACAUGAUGGCCGCCAUUACCAUGUCUCGGUAUGGCGGGGAGCGGGCGAGACUGCGAAAGAAGGAUGUGGUAGAGCAUUCCAGAAAGGGAAAUGUAUAAUCUGUGGGAUUGGCCAACAUGUCAGCUGGCUUCCACUAUAUUCCCCUCCCGAUUGUUUUUUGACCAUUCAUUUUCAUACUCGUCGCUUCAGAGACUAAAUAUUUUUGGAUUACAUACAGAA